ACGAGCGCUUAUACUGGAGAGGAAAUCAUAUAUGUAUAAGGAGAGGCCAUUACUAUCUCUCUCUUUCUCUCUCUCUCUCUCUCCUCUCUUUCUCUUCUCAGUUCUUACGCUGUGCCGCUGUAGAGGACAAUGGAGCAUAUAAGAGCUCCAAUGAAGGGAGUCGCUAACGAUUUCCGUGGAAGAAUUGCAUGCUACAAACAAGAUUGGAUAUCAGGAAUUUCAUCGGGCCUCGGGAUAUUGGCUCCGACUGCAUACAUCUUCUUCGCUUCUGCUCUUCCUGUUAUUGCUUUCGGAGAACAAUUGAAUCGAGAUACAGAUGGGAGCUUGAGUACGGUAGAGACAUUAGCUUCAACUGCUUUAUGUGGUAUCAUACACUCUAUAGUUGGUGGACAGCCUCUUCUAAUACUUGGAGUUGCAGAGCCCACAGUUAUUAUGUACAAUUAUCUCUACAACUUUGCCAAAGGAAGAGAUGCUUUGGGGAAGGAACUUUUCCUUGCUUGGGCUGGAUGGGUUUGUGUGUGGACAUCUCUAAUGCUGUUCCUUCUUGCCAUCUUCAAUGCCUGCACUAUAAUCAACAGAUUCACAAGGAUUGCAGGAGAAACGUUUGGAAUGCUGAUUGCUGCUCUUUUCAUUCAACAGGCUGUCAGGGGCAUGUUAGGUGAAUUUGGAACUCCGGAACAUGAAAACCCGCGACAGGAAAAGUACCAGUUCCAGUGGCGCUAUGUGAAUGGACUAUUGGGCGUAAUAUUUUCUUUUGGACUUCUUUUCUCCUCGUUGAAGAGUAGAAGUGCAAGGUCAUGGAAAUACGGGACAGGUUCUUUGAGAGGCUUCAUUGCGGACUACGGUGUGCCUCUCAUGGUCUUGGUGUGGAGUGGACUUUCUUUCAGUAUUGGAAAUAGUGUCCCAUCUGGAGUUCCAAGAAGAAUUUCUAGCCCUCUCCCUUGGGAGGCAGCAUCUUUAACCCAUUGGACUGUCAUCAAGGACAUGGCAAAAGUUGAACCUGCUUACAUAUUUGGAGCCAUAAUUCCAGCUCUAAUGGUAGCAGGGCUAUACUUCUUUGAUCAUAGUGUGGCUUCACAAUUGGCACAACAAAAAGAAUUCAAUCUUGUCAAGCCUGCGGCUUACCAUUACGAUAUCCUGUUGUUGGGAUUCAUGACUUUACUCUGUGGAUUACUUGGGCUUCCUCCAGCAAAUGGCGUCCUUCCUCAAUCUCCAAUGCACACAAAGAGUUUGUCUGUUCUAAAACGGCGGCUAAUUCGAAAGAAGAUGGUUCAAAGUGCUAAAGAAAGCAUGAAGCAAAAUGCAAGCAGUUCGGAAAUCUAUGGAAAUAUGGAAGCCGUGUUUGUGGAAAUCGACAAAACACCAGUGCAUAAGGCAGUGGCAGAGUUGAAGGAACUAAAGGAUGCAGUGAUGAAUGAAAAUACAGAUGGAAAGAAUAAUGAAGACGGUUUUGACCCAGAGAAGCACAUGGACUCAUACUUACCUGUUCGUGUUAAUGAGCAGAGAGUGAGCAACCUAUUACAGUCACUCUUAGUGGCAGCCUCAGUAUGUGCAAUGCCACUAAUUAAGAAGAUACCGACAUCUGUUCUAUGGGGAUAUUUCGCUUACAUGGCCAUCGACAGCUUACCAGGAAACCAGUUUUGGGAAAGAAUACUUCUCCUAUUCGUGACCCCAUCUAGAAGAUACAAGGUUCUAGAAGAGAAUCACGCUUCCUUUGUGGAAUCAGUGUCGUUUAGAUACAUUGCCGGUUUUACUCUGUUCCAGUUAGUAUAUUUUCUGUUUUGCUAUGGGAUAACUUGGAUCCCCAUAGCUGGCAUAUUAUUUCCUUUGCCAUUCUUCUUCUUAAUAACCAUAAGACAACACAUUCUCCCGAGGAUGUUCCAUUCUAUGUCCUUGCAAGAACUCGAUGCAGCUGAGUACGAGGAAAUACCCGGGGCAAUCCAACACUCUCUUAGCAUCUCCUUGAGAGAUGGACAAAUGACGCCUGCUUCUGGUGAUGAUGGUGAGGAAGAAGAAGAAGAGUUUUGUGAUGCUGAAAUGAUGGACCAUUUAACAACCAGAAGAGGGGAGUUGAGAUUGAGGACGUUGAGCUUUAAUGAAGAUAGACAUGGACAACAGAUUUAUCCACAGACAAGUCACAGGCACUGAAAUAUUCAGAAUGGCUAACUGUAACUGGCUGCAGAAUAAUAUUGACAUUAAUAAUGAAGGAUGUGGGUUUAACAAACAAUCGAUCAACCCUUACCAAGUAAAGAAAAGACAAGAUACGAGAGAGGAUAAAGAAAGUGAGAGAGAGAGAGAGAGAGCAAUUACAAACUAUAAAAUUUGUGUCCAUGCAUUAUUUCUUUACAUGAUAUAUAACAUGUACAAAAUUCUAUACACGCUGGUCCAAAAUAUUCAAUCAAUUCUUUUCAAUCAUAUUUAUUAUAUAUUAUUU